AUGGAGGAAGAAGUUAGGCCCUAUCCGCCAGCUAACAAGAAGAAUGCAGAUCAUCUCUGCGUCCUCGUUCAUGGGUUGCAUGGUAAUCCUUCCCAUUUUGACUAUAUCGCGGGUGCCUUGCGAGAAAAGCAUGUAGAUAAGCUCUACAUUCUGGCCGUGAAGCGUAACGCUGGGUCACUCACUUACGAUGGAAUUGAGCGUGGUGGAGAGCGUGUCGCCCACGAGGUCGAAGAGGCCCUUGAAAGUUUAGAAAGCCAAGGUUACGAUAUUCGGAAACUGAGCAUGGUGGGCUACUCCUUGGGUGGACUAAUCGCUCGGUAUGCGAUUGGGCUUCUAUAUUCGAAGGGCUAUUUUGAUAAACUGCAACCUAUUAAUUUUACAACUUUUGCAUCUCCACAUGUAGGUGUAAGAAGUCCAGCGAGGAAGAGCCACUUUUGGAAUGUCCUUGGUGCGAGAACAAUCUCGGCAUCUGGGCGUCAACUCUUCAUGAUCGAUUCAUUCCGAGACACAGGCAAGCCACUACUUAGCGUCAUGGCAACUCCAGGCAGUAUAUUUAUGUUGGGACUGGCAAAGUUUCGUCAUCGAAGCCUUUACGCAAAUAUCGUCAAUGAUAGGGCGACUGUUUUUUAUACGACGGCCAUAUCGAAAACUGAUCCCUUUAUUCAACUAGAUAAGUACGAUAUAAAUUAUGCGCUGGGUUACUCACCAGUUAUUGUGAACCCUGAUAAGUAUGUUACUCUAAAAGAGGAGGAGUCGGCGCCCUUCCGCACAUGGAUAUUUGAUCAGAGCAAGUCAUUUUUCGCUGACCUCCCACUCUACCUGUUUCUAUGUAUCUUCGUGCCGAUUGCAUCGCUUCUUUACCUCAUUAACGCUGGGAUCCAGACUCUUCGCAGUCAGAGGCGCAUUCGAAUCCAUGAAGAAGGCAAAGCUGGCGUGUUUUUUGGCUCAUACAAAGUCCCGUUGAUCGUGGAAGAAAUGCAGAAUGCUGUGGAAGAUAUGUAUGAGAUAGUAAAUGCCGCCCAAAAACCGGAAUACCUUCUUGGCGGCGAAGGUGGUGGCAUGGCUGAGGGUACAUCUUCCCCAGCUAAACAAACCCAAUCGUCAUUCAUACCGAUAAUAGAACAGUCACACAGCAGCAUUCCAUCGCAAAUGAUUCUGAACGAGGAAUGCAGCAGCCGUAUUGUUAAGCGAUCUACUUCAUUUCCAGUUUCUUCUGCUUCUUUUUGUUCUCCUCAUGCCGCAAACUCUUCAACUGAAACCCAAAGCGGCAUUCUCGAUUUCCGCACUUUGGCGCUAACACCUUUACAAUUCGAGAUAAUCGACAGCCUGAAUUCUAUUGGGUUCCGGAAAUACCCGGUGCAUAUCCACAAUGCUACUCAUAGCCACGCGGCUAUCAUCGUGAGGAUGCCGAAGAAGAACUUCGACGAAGGAAAGAUUGUGAUAAGUCACUGGCUGGAGAACGAGUUUUGCGCUUGA